ACUAGACGGCAAUGACUUUUCGAGAUGAGGAGGCAACAGGACUGGAAAGGAAGACACUGCCUUCGACCCGCAUAGACUCGCUCUUCCUCCAAGAGGCUAUUGAACUUCUUGACUCUUCCAUGCCCAACAGUCGCCUCUUACUUUUUUGUUAACACCUCAAAUCUGCCAAUUCUCUAAUUAGCAAAAAAACAACCAACCAAUCAACCACACAGCCAACCAACUACACCUUUUACCUCCCCAAACAAACCAUGGCUCUCCCAGUAUCAGCCUACCCCGUCAUGGGUGUCGUCUACCUGGCCCGGAACAUCAGCCAGCUCGGCCCCCAAUUCAUUCGCUCGCUCUGUUGGGCGCUGGGCGUAGCCGUCUCAACGAUCACGCCCUUGAUCGCGUUGACCUUCCGGUACCAGAACCGUAUGAUCGGCAAUAUUAUCGACAGCGCCUUACCACGACUCGCGGGCGUGAAGAUCCUCGGGAUUGGGAUCCAGACCUGGUCAACCAUGUUCUUGACCAUGGGCGAAUCCUCGCUCUUGGUCGCGAUUAUUAUGGGGGAGGUAUUCAAGAAGGAGAAGACCAGGGGACUGUUCCAGAGCGUGUUGACGAAGGAUCAUGUGCCGAUUGGACCGCUGGCGAAGGUGACGGAUAACGGCAUGAUCAAGGUGUCAGUGACUUCGCCUGAGAGUUCUAAGCCACAUGGAUCCCAGCAGCAUAAGGCACUGGAUCGAGUUGGGGCAUCCACCUCGCUUUUCGGACAGAGGAUGGGAUUGUGGUUGUUGACGUUGCCAUUGAACUUUAUUCCGGUGGCAGGACCAAUUGUGUUCUGUUAUAUCAAUGGAAGGGCGCGUAGCCACUAUGUACAUCGACGUUACUUUGAUAUGAAGGGGAUGACCGCACAGGAGCGCGAGGAGUGGAUCAAGAGCCGAAAGUCGGAUUACACGACCUUCGGUGUGAUUGCCCAGGGGCUCGAGUUGAUCCCGCUCAUUGGUAUUCUCUUUGGCUUCACGAACACGAUAGGUGCUGCAUUGUGGGCCGCCGAUCUGGAGAAACAACAGGUUGAACUGCGAAACAAAAAGUCGCGCCAGUCCGCUGGAGUUGGAGUUGGAGUUGGAGCUGGAGCUGGAGCUGGAGCUGCCUUUCCAUCCUCUUAAACGAAGAGAACGGAAAGUGUUUCCUAACAAUCCCACUUUCGCUUUGUAAUAUAUAGCCCGCUCAUAGUCCAUCCUACCUCGUUUGUUUCUUGGUGGUGGCACCCAUUUACAGAAUUUUGUUAAGGCUUUGUCCAGUCAUAUCUUUACUUCAUUCCCCACCAUUCUUCCCCUCUAUCCAUUAUUUCCUCUCUCUCCACUCUCUCCAUCCACUAUGUACUCCAAACCUUCCUUUCCUCAGGCUCGUUCAACGUCUCUCUCUUACGAGUCCAUUUUUUGUUACUUUUCCCAAUCCUUUCCCCUCCGAAUAUCCUUGUACAGUGCGCGUCAUCUAGUCCCGACGAUUCCCGGACAAUAGGCGCGAAAUUUCCCCCAUUGGUCGAAACUUUUACAGAAAAUAAGCAUUUCUUGUAGCGGAAAUAAUCA